AUGAAGCCGGCGCGGCUGCUGCUGCUGCUGAGCGGGUGCGCGCUGCUGCUGGCGCCGGCCGUGCGCGGCUGCGGGCCGGGCAGGGUGGUGGGCAGCCGCCGCCGCCCGCCCCGCAAGCUCAUCCCGCUCGCCUACAAGCAGUUCAGCCCCAACGUCCCCGAGAAGACCCUAGGGGCCAGCGGCCGCUACGAGGGCAAGAUCGCGCGUAACUCGGAGCGCUUCAAGGAGCUCACGCCCAACUACAACCCCGACAUCAUCUUCAAGGACGAGGAGAACACCGGCGCCGACCGGCUCAUGACCCAGCGCUGCAAGGACCGCUUGAACUCCCUGGCCAUCUCCGUCAUGAAUCAGUGGCCGGGGGUGAAGCUGCGGGUGACGGAGGGCUGGGACGAGGACGGGCACCACUCGGAGGAGUCGCUUCAUUACGAGGGCCGAGCCGUGGACAUCACGACCUCGGACCGGGACCGCAACAAGUACGGCAUGCUGGCUCGCUUGGCCGUGGAGGCUGGCUUUGACUGGGUCUACUACGAGUCCAAGGCACACAUCCACUGCUCCGUCAAGUCAGAGCACUCGGCCGCUGCGAAGACGGGGGGCUGCUUCCCUGGGCGGGCGCUGGCGACGCUGGAGGACGGUGCCCGGACACCGCUGUGGGCGCUGCGCCCUGGCCAGCGGGUGCUGGCGAUGGAUGGGGCGGGCAGGCCCACCUACAGCGACUUCUUGGCUUUCCUGGACAAGGAGCCCCGCGCCCUCACCUCCUUCCAUGUCAUCGAGACGCGGGAGCCGCCCCGGCGCCUGGCCCUGACACCCACCCACCUGCUCUUCGUGGCCGAGAACGCCUCGGCACCCACCGCCCGCUUUCGCCCCACCUUUGCCAGCCACGUGCGCCCCGGACAUUUCGUGCUGGUGGCAGUGGGGGGGGGGGGCUUGCAGCCCGCCGAGGUGGUGGGGGUGCGGGACCGGAGGGACGUGGGAGCCUAUGCCCCGCUGACGCGCCACGGGACGCUGGUGGUGGACGGCGUGGUGGCCUCGUGCUUUGCCCUGGUGCAGGAGCAACAUCUGGCGCAGCUGGCCUUCUGGCCGCUCCGGCUCUACCACAGCCUGGUGGGGUGGCCAGGGGUGCAGGGGGACGGUGUGCACUGGUACUCGGGGCUGCUCUACCGCCUGGGCAGGCUGCUGCUGCCCCCCGACAGCUUCCACCCACUGGGGGUACCCCGGGCGGAGAGCUGAGGGUGCGCCCCGGCUGUGGCCGGCGCUGCUGGUGGAGGUGGUGGCUGCAGGGCGGCUCACCGGGGGCCAGCACCCCCUCCCAAAGCUGGGUGCCC